UAUGUAACAGGAAAGAGCUGUUCUCAGCCCAGACCGGAGGGGACCGCUACGGCUGCGGGAGCUGCUGGCGACUGGGCACAGGCACUAUUUGUCACGUUAGAGAUGGAUAAGCUCUUUGCUAAAAACAAAGAAGAACAUCCAGAGCCCAUAAAAGCUGAGGUGCAAGGUCAGCUGCCCACUUGGUUGCAAGGGAUACUUCUCCGAAACGGCCCAGGGAUGCACACCAUAGGGGACACUGAGUACAACCACUGGUUUGAUGGCUUGGCUCUGCUGCAUAGCUUUACAUUUAAAAAUGGUGAAGUUUACUACAGAAGUAAGUACCUCCAAAGUGACACAUACAACCGCAACAUCGAAGCAAACCGAAUCGUGGUGUCUGAGUUUGGAACUAUGGCUUACCCAGAUCCAUGCAAAAACAUAUUUGCCAAGGCAUUCUCCUAUUUGUCUCACACCAUUCCUGAGUUCACAGACAACUGCCUGAUCAACAUUAUGAAAACUGGAGAUGAUUUUUACGCUACCAGUGAGACUAACUUCAUCAGGAAAAUUAAUCCACAGACUCUAGAGACACUAGAGAAGGUUGACUACAGCAAAUAUGUAGCUAUAAAUCUGGCAACUUCUCACCCACACUAUGACAGUGCUGGAAAUACUCUCAAUAUGGGUACUUCAAUAGUUGAUAAAGGGAAAACAAAAUACGUUCUAUUUAAGAUUCCUUCCUCUGUGCCUGAAAAAGAGAAGAAGAAAUCUUGUUUUAAACAUAUUGAGGCGGUGUGCUCCAUCCCUUCCCGCUCUCUGCUCCACCCCAGCUACUACCAUAGCUUUGGGAUCACAGAAAAUUACAUUGUCUUCAUAGAGCAGCCAUUCAGACUGGAUAUUGUCAAAAUGGCAACUGCUUACAUCCGAGGAGUGAACUGGGCUUCCUGCCUUGCCUUUCACAAGGAAGAUAAGACUUGGUUUCACUUUGUAGACAAGAAGACUAAAAAAGAAGUGUCCCCCAAAUUUUAUACCAAUGCUAUGGUGUUUUUUCACCAUAUAAAUGCUUAUGAAGAGGAUGGCCACAUUAUUUUUGAUCUCAUUUCUUAUACAGACAAUAGCUUAUAUGAUAUGUUCUAUCUAAAAAAGCUGAGUAAACACUUGGAAGAGAACACCAAGCUUACCUCUGUACCAACCUCCAAACGAUUUGUUGUUCCUCUGCAGUAUGACAAGGAUGCUGAAGUAGGUUCUAAUUUAGUCACACUUCCAUCUACUGCAACUGCUGUAAAAGAGAAGGAUGGCAGCAUCUAUUGCCAACCUGAAAUACUGUGUGAAGAGAUAGAACUGCCUCGCAUCAACUAUGACUAUAAUGGCAAAAAAUACAAGUAUGUCUAUGCAACAAAAGUCCAGUGGUGUCCAGUUCCUGCAAAGAUUGUAAAAUUUAAUGUCCAGACAAAGGAAAUGCUGCAGUGGGGAGAGGACUGCUCAUGGCCAUCCGAGCCCAUUUUUGUUCCCAGCCCUGAUGCAAGAGAAGAGGAUGAUGGCGUUGUUCUGACCUGUGUUGUGAUGACUGAUCCAAAGAAGGCACCCUUCCUACUUGUCUUGGAUGCUAAAACAUUCACAGAAUUGGGCCGAGCCACCGUAAAUGUAGACAUGCAUCUGGACCUGCAUGGGAUGUUUAUACCAGAGAAAGAUUUGAAGACUGAGACUGAAUAA